AUGGAGAUGGCAAGUUCCUCUGGCUCCUGGCUCUCUAGCUGCCUCAUCACACUCAUCUUCCUUCAGCUGCCGGCUCAAGGGUCAGGAACCUCAGGGGACGCCAGCAAGUUCCAACUGGUCUGGCUAGGGGGCACAGCUGAGCUGCUCUGCCCUCUCGACCUCUGGCCAAGCUUGGAGCUCACUGAGGUGAGGUGGCUGCGGUCCCCACACUCCCAGCUCUCCCAGGCUAUUCACGUGUUCCGGAAUGGGAAAGACUGGGAUGAAGAUCAGAUGCCGGAAUAUAAGGGGAGGACAGAGCUGGUGAGAGACACCCAACAGGGAAAUGUCACUCUGAAGAUCCGGGAUGUCCAGCCUGAUGACCAAGGGCAGUACCGCUGUCAGAUCCAGAUCGGCAACCUGACUAAAGAGGGCAGCGUGACUCUGCAAGUUGCAGCCCCAUCUCCAGCGAGCGUGUCCUUCUCCACAGUGGCUCUUGCUGUGAUCCUGCCUGUCCUGGGGCUUCUCAUCAUAGGAGGCAUUUACCUAAUCUGGAAGCAAAGAAGAUCAAAAGAGAAGCUUCUUUAUGAACAGGUGAUGGAGGUAGAAAAUCUUCUCUCAGAUCAUGCGGAAGAAAAAGGAAGACUCUACAAAGCCCUCAAGAAACUCCGGCAUGAACUCAAGUUGAAAAGAGCUGCAGCAAACUCAGGCUGGAGAAGGGCCCGGCUGCACUUUGUGGCCGUGACCCUGGAUCCGGACACAGCGCAUCCCAAACUCGUCCUCUCCCGGGACCAAAGAUGUGUGAGGCUCGGAGACAGAAAGCAGCCUGUGCCUGACAACCCAGAGAGAUUUGAUUUUGUCGUCAGCGUCCUCGGCUCCCAGUGCUUCACGGCUGGCUGUCAUUACUGGGAGGUGUUCGUGGGAGACAAGACCAAGUGGAUCCUCGGGGUGUGCAGUGAAUCGGUGAACAGGAAGGGGAAGGUCACCGCCUCGCCGUCCAACGGACACUGGCUUGUGCGGCAGAGUCGUGAGAAUCAGUACCAAGCGCUCACGUCCCCGCAGAUCUCCUUCCGCCUGAAAGAGCCCCCGCGGUAUGUGGGGAUUUUCCUGGACUACGAAGCAGGAAUUAUCUCCUUCUUCAAUGUGACUGACAAAUCCCACAUCUUUACUUUCACGCACAGUUUCUCUGGCCCCCUGCGCCCCUUCUUUGAACCUUGCCUUCAUGAUGGAGGAAAAAACAUGGCACCUCUAGUCAUUUGUUCAGAACUCCAGAAAUCAGAGUCAACUGUCCCCAAGCCAGAAGGAAAAAGACACGCUAAUGGAGACGUGUCCUUGAAGGUGAACCCUUCCUUACUCCCCCCUCAGUCAGCGGAGCUUUUCCCACUCAAGGACAUGAUGCUGUCCUGGCCCUCUGACUUCAGCCCGGCCCUUCAGGGGCUCCAAGUACCUUUCUUUUAGGGUUGUGCCUCAGUUCCUGCUCUCCUGCCUGCCCAGCUCAACACCCUGGAUUGCAAUCUCCUGGCCCAACUCAUGAUUCCAGAAGUCUCAUCUCCUUACCCCGAAUCCAGACCCUUUAUGGUGGUUUCUAUUGGCACCACCUUUCUCUCAGGGCUCAGUUCUAAGCCCUGCAAGGAGAAUUCCUGAAAACAAAAUGUGUAUCAGUUUAGGUUUAGGUGGAGAUGCUGACUGUGUGUCACCGAGAUAUAGU